AUGAGAGAUCUGUGCUGUUUCUCAGGUUGUGAUCCCGAGCGCCCAGAGUACAAGAAUUUCUUCCAAAAUUUGCAGUUAAUGCCAAGGUAGACAGCUGUUGAAAUUUGCAAGAGCUCGUGGUGGUUUUCUUUACUUGCGUGUUUACCUUACAUCAAAUUUCUUUCGAAAUCGAUAUGUUUGUCGUUAUUCUCCGUUCUUUCUACAGUUUAAACAUUACAAGUUUGAGUCUUACCAGGACUCAGACCUUCAUGAAAAUGGAAAUCUCCUAACGUUAAAGGCAAACAUACAACCCUGGGAAUUCGUGCAGUUCUUGAGUACAGGAACUAUCCAAGCAGAAAUACAACCAGGACAGGUAAUAUAAACUGGAUGCAUUUGAUGAAAAACUCUCCACUGUUGAAGUCAUCCAAAAACCAAAUAACAAAACAUUGACGCUGACGCACCUGUUGGUAGAGCAAGCUGAUUUUGACCCAUGCACCCAACCAUCAGUCACCUUUUUUCGGGGCGCUUCGCUAUAACCUCUUUUUCAGUUUUAUUUAAGUGUUUUAUUACCUUUUUCUUCCUACAGGUGUACGAAAGAUCCUACCUGCGGACCCAGAGGGAAGAAUAUCUCAAGCAACAGCUCACACUGGAGAUAAAGGCCUCGGAGAUAAUAUUUCACACCAUUAAUAUAACAAACGCAUUGUCGCCUGACGAGUACUUUGAAAAGAUUUCACGUCCCACCAUACAAGACAUAUUCGCGAAAGAUCCCUUUGGUGAGUUGCCGUUUUAUUGGUGCGAACUAAGUUCAAUUUCAAAAUAGAGUUAAAACUUUAAGUCUGUAUGCGUGUACGUAUGUAGGUAUGCAUGAGUAUAUGUGUGUAUACUUAAUUGACCACCCCCCCCCCACCACCCCGUGGGGCUUUUUAGGGACAAUAAGAGUAAAUGAGUGAAUAAUGAGUGAAAAAAUGAAUGAACGUGACCAUCUGGUAGGAGGCGAGGUGCUUUAUGAAAAGCACAGCCAAGGAGUUGAGGUCCGGGCAAGUGGGAAGAAUUCCAGUGAGUAGCUGAGAGGAGGGCUUUGACCUGCAACCACCAGAUUACAAGCCCAACGCCCUGACCAUCCGUUCAUACUGUCCUAAAGUCCAUUCUUGGUUUAGUGUUUUUGCCUUUGUGGUAGUUAUAAUGGGAUAUCUGAAAGAGGUAAAGAAAGACAAGGAAGCUGGCAGAUAUAGUGAGAUGAAGGAUGGACAGAGAGAUCCUCACAAUUCCUUUUCACGCGGCUGCAUGGCCUAAAAUUCCUUUAUUUGAUAUCUAGGCGUUUACUCUGAGGAGAAGGUUCAGCGGACGUUGGAUGCAAUGAAAGGAAGGCGUGACAAUCUAAUAAAGGUGAGUAAAUAUUGUGAUGGUCGUUAAACAAUCUUUCCUUUGAUGCAUGGAAGUUUACUAAGGAGGGUCUAUCUCUAUGAUCACAGCUUAUAACUGAAUCAAAAACCAGCGUCACUGCCUUGUUCUUCUACCACGGAGUGAAGAACGAGAUAGGAGGAUGGAAGCAAGUAGAGAAGGUACCUCCUCCGUCUGACAAAGAAAAAGAGAAAAUCCUGCAAAAGUGCAAGAUUUCCAUCAGUAAAUACGCAAAGGCCGUUCUACUUUGUAAGUCGUUCAUGCGAAGUAAUAGCACCUUGGAAAUUCUCAUUGUUGGUGAUGAGGAAACUUACCAAGUGCAGGAGGUCGAGAAGGAAACCUUUGCUCUCAUCCGCCUCAGAGGUUGGUUAUUUAUUUAAGCCCUAUCUGCUUAGCCGGAGUCCAAAAUACGAUGACAUGCUUCUUUUUUGUGACCUGAAAAGUCACUUUAAAGCACUGCCUAAAACUUAAUAGCUGGGAUUAUGAUAGCUCAUGGAAAUACAUGCGUGGGUAUAUAUUCUGAUAUCAUUAAAGAGAAUAAAAUCGACUAAUAGCUGAAUGGAAAGUUAUCUCUCUUAAGACAGAAAAAACCAUGAAUAUAUAUAUGCUGUCAUAAUAAUGUCAGUGAUUUCCGCUGUACCUAUUGACCAGGUUGGGCCAGGCCCACUAGUGAAAUAAGUAAGUUUAACAUUGCAAAGGUUUUGUGUCUCAGUAUUUGUUAAAAUGAAAGUAUGUUUUUUGCAUAAAAAUGGAAACAAUUGUUAAAAAUGUGUUAUACCAUUUGAAUGCUCUCAAUUUAGAGCAGUACGGCAUUGUGUCUUAAAGGUUUGAGGUAAAGGAUAGAUGUUAAUGGCUAACGUCUUCAUAGUUUUCUUUCGUUCGCUUUUCUCGUUGAUUGUUUGUUUCCGUAUUUUCUUUCUCCUAUGGCACAGGGGGAACAGAUGAAGCUAUUUGCUACGCUGAAACAGCCUCAUCUCCUGAAGAUAGAAAAUUCGCCGCUCAACUCAUUAACAUAAACGGGGAUGAGGUGUUGAAUAAACGAAAGGUGUACGAGAGAAGCCGUGCAAACGCCUGGAACAACGAAGAUUCCAUUCUGAAACUCGCCACAGCAAUUAUGAAAGAAAACGCACAGAUGAAAGAAAAAUUCAACAUUGAUGCAAUUGAAGUAUGUGGCUUCAUCUUCAUGCUCCUAAACAUUAUGAUCAGAGUUUGGUAAUACCCUUGUAUGCAGUUAACAGGUUUACUUUAUACGUCAAUGAUUAGAUCGGGGCUAAAUUGUUCGAUUUCCUGGCGAGAUUACCAUUAGAUUUGAAUGCUGGCCAGGGCAACAUAUCAAUUGCCUGGGCUUCGAAGAACCCGGUGCAAAUGAGCGUAUUUCAUGAAAUAACUCACUUUUCAUGAGGUUACAUGUUACUGACUGGGCUAUGUUGUAUGUGCGUACUGUUGAGAGAAGAUGUUCAACAGUAUUGUCGUUGUGCAUGGCCUUGGACAAGUAGCGUUAAAACGGAAAAAGUCAUACAUUUAAAAUCCAUUGUACAUUCACCUAAUUACACGUUUUGCUGUGGUGAGUCACAUUUAGUCUCGGUUGUUCUUUUCCUUUUAGAGGGGCAAUCGAGGCAAAGUAUCUACGAUUUCUAGACGCUGAAAAAAUGGACAAUUUUAGAGCAAGAUAUAGGGUUUAGGGUUAUGUUACCACUGGCAUAAACAAUCUGGGCUCCUUUUUUCAACUGUCUGCUAUCAUAGCACCUCUCUCCACCAGGACACCAUGAGCGGCUUAAGUUUACCAAUACCCUUUCAGUGCUGAAUGGCUAUAUGCAAUGGAUCUGCUUCCCGGCUGGGGAGUACCAAUACAUCUAUUCAAGCUCCCAAAAGUUCACCUGACCAAUGAUUUCGUUGCUUUUAUCUUUACAGAAAAAAGACCUGGAGGCAUUAGAAACAUUGACUCGCAUAAGCCAGAAAGUGAUCAGUAAGCUGGACCCAGGCUAUCUCGAUCCACUAGGUGAAGGCAGCUUUGGCCAGGUUUUCAGAGCGAAGAAGGACGGUCAUGAUGUGGCUGUAAAGAUCCUGAAGAACAUCCAGAGCCGCAAACAAAUAGAGGACUUUGAACGAGAAGUGGACACACUGAGGUUAGAAUAAAGGUGAUCUUUGUAGAAAUCUAGCUAUAUAUGUAAAAUGCACGUUGAUAUGUUACAUUAGCUCAACCUCACACCUUACAAUGCCACAAACUGGGUCAAAACAUCGAAUUUAAUUUUUUUCUGGACUCAGCGCGGAAAGAUAUUUUCAGAUCAAAGAUAGUUGCUGAGCACCAACUUUCCAACUGACUGAUAAAAAAUAAAAGUCCACUCCUUGGUUUCCCCUCAUUGUUACAACAUGUCCAUCCUUAAGCUCUUGAAUUGUUAAACUUAAUCAGUGAUGGCCUACCUGAUUAACUUUCUAAACGUAUAUCUCAACGGCAGAUUAUUCUUGCAAUAAUUGUGACCUCAAUAAAAGUAAUGAUGUAGAGUAAGCCCGUAGGUUUUUUAAAAAGAAGGCGGUUCGAUGCUCUAGCAGACUCGAAUCCAUCUCUUUUUUUCGCCUUGGUUUGUUUUGGUUUUUUAUGUACCUAUUCUUGAAAUGACACUUUGCUAUUCUUCUCGCGGUAUUAACGCUGGCAAACAGCGCCAGCAAGUGAGGGACGAAUUUCACAGCACUUAUUUUAAUUGAUUUAUUUUUUCAGGGAGGCAAAGCAUCCUAAGAUUGUAAAGGUGCUUGAAUGCAUCUCUAUCCAGAAUCAGCUGGCAAUUGUGAUGGAGUUCAUGGCGGGAGGAAAUCUUAAAGCAUAUCUGGAGAAAAACCAUGGAACCGGACAAGAGAAAGAUUUUGCCGUCAGAUUCUUAGAGGAUAUUGGCUCUGCAAUUGAGCAUCUUCACUCGCUCAAUAUCAUGCAUAGAGACGUUAAACCUGAAAACAUUUUUGUGAGUGUAAUAAUUUCACUGUCUCUAUCCUAGACUGCACCAUCUAGAAAUGAAAACAUUAUUAUAUUUAUCGAGGUACAAAAAGGCUUCCUCUUAAAUGCUGUGUUCGUUACCAUCUUAUGUAGUCAUCUCAAGAAAUUGACAAGUAUUUUGUUUUUUUUCUUACAAUGCGUUGGAGGUAAUUUUGCACAUCGCAUUUUAAUCGUCGUGAUGCGACCAGUUUAAGUAGGUCUGUUCUUUACGCCAUUACUUCGUAGCUGUCAGCUGACCACACAGUACUCAAACUCGGAGACUUUGGUCUUGCUCGCGCAACUGAAGGGACACGUCAAACAAAAACCCAAAUUGGCUCGUAUCGCUACAUGGCGCCUGAAGUGGUCAGCAGUGGGGGACAUUACUCCAAGAAAGCUGAUGUUCACAGUUUUGGUGAGCCUCGAUGAUGAUAUAACGGUGACUUGCUUGCUGUUUUUCUCGCUGUUUUGUUUGCCUGUUUGUUAUUUUACUAAGACCAUUCUCUAUCUCUGAAAUCAGAUAGCCGAAUAUAGUCCGCUUUUUGGUAGGAAGUAGAGAAAAACCUUUCAAAAUAAAUUCGACGGAAUUGCGAUUACAUUAGUGUACUUCUGUUUGGUUUUAGUUAAAUUUGGCUAUCAACUUAGAAUAGUUCCGAUCCACAAGAUAUCUGCAAUCUUUUACUUUGAAUUGAUUGUGGUUGACAUUAAUUGCAAGAUUGUAUCAUUUGAACAAGCCAGGUAGACCGUUUCGGUUAAAGAACAGAAAGUUUCACGAAGAAGAUCAAGGGACAACAUUUGGACAAAUUAGUUUUUAAAAAUACUCCUUCUUUGAAGUCAUUAAGUCUCAUGUUAGCAAUGCAAAAACGGGAUAUGUAGUGUAGUUAACAGUUUUUAACGUCAAAAGCUUUUGUUCCACUCUCAAUGAGUUGAUAUCUAUCUAAGAGAUACCUAAACAGUUAAAGCAAGAUUCAGUGGGAAAAUAACAUCAAAGUUGCCUUAUCAGUUACUCGUCUGUCCUUCUCCCACUAGGUUUGUGUCUGAUUGAAGUGCUGAGUGGUAAGGAAGUGUUUGAUAACAUACUGCAGCAUGAAACGGUGUUCAACAAGAAAAUGGCUGGAGAAAAUCCGACCAUUCCGGUAACUAUAGACUGUGAAGAGCCAGAAAUUGUUUAGGAUUAUUGUGGAAUCAGAAUUAUACUAAUAAAAGUAAAUCGUGUCACUCGUGAAACCUUCAACUGGACUUAAUUUUCGUUAUUUUCCAUCAGAAUGAAUUUUCAUUUAGUACUGCAGGACACUGAAUCAAUAACUGUGGAUAAUGGUGUUUAAAAUUACAAUAUGUACGUGAUACAUCAUCAUUCUUUGUCGUUUGAUUCUUUGGCGAAAUCUUCUGUUAACAUGGACUCACAUUUUUCUUUCAGGGUAUUUCUGUUGAAGAAUUUGGAGAGGAACUUGCCAUAAAGCUCAAGAAAAUUAUGGUCGAGUGUCUGAAGCCAGAGAAAUCACGUCCCGAGAUGCAUUUUGUUCUCAACAUACUGAGAGGGAAAAUAUCCACACGCAAAAAUUCAGUGGAGCUGUACUGCGUUGGAACUGGGACAGGCACAACAGGUAUUGAUGCAACGACAUGGUUUUGGUCUUCGCGGAGUAGAGUAGAUCUACUCUGCUUUACUUAUCUAUAAGCCAUAACGUUGCGACCCAGUCUAGAGAGUAGUGAAUUCUUCCCUCAUCUCCACCUUUCUGCUCUUAGAUCCUAUGACUGUAAACGUACUGCGGCCUUUUAUGCCUAUCUAUUUACUCAUGAAAGGCAUGUAUUAAUACAGAGUAGUGGCGGUCCUUUAUGUUUGACCCACAAAAAGUUGCCAUAGUUCCAUGUAUUUUGCCUAGUGCAUGUUAAUCAAUCAAAAAAGGAUAUAGUUUAUAUAAUUAGCGACCAAUUCCGAGGCUGACGCUGAAGGAUGAAAUAAUGGCGACCACAAACACCACUCAACCCUCCUUACUCCCCAUACCUCCAUGUUAGGUGUAAAACGUACUCCAAAAGGAAACAUAGGAAAUAAUGAACUGACGUGUACUCAUGGCACUAUUUAAAACUGAUUUCAGCCGUCCUUCAUGGCCAGCCAAGCUCCUCUGCAAUUGUAUUUCACAAAGGGAAACCUUUGCUUAUGGCGGAUGUUGGAGCCGGUGUCGUCAAAGCUUGUAGGGAGACUUGGUCAGUAAAAUUCUCUAUCCUUCUUCCUUGAUUUGUCCGUGCUUUUUUAGACACCCUUUUAUUGCAUUCCCAGCUUACAACGAGUUCCCAAGGAAUGUUUUUAUCACACACAACCACCUGGAUCAUGCUGGUGAACUGCCUUUGCUCUUCGUAUUCGAGAGCAAGCGGAGAUAUUUGGCUGGCGAACCUCGCUUGAGGGUGCUCUCUGGCCCAGAGGUGCAACAAAAACUGAAGACACACAGAUUGGACGAGAUGCUCAGUCUAUACACACCAGUAAGUCAUAGGUCACUCUUACACUCUUUCGAGUAUGAUGCAAACAAAGGUAACUUGCACAAAUGGAGUGACAUUAAUCAAACUGACUAUUCUUUGUGACUUUUUUCUUCGAUGGAAAAAAAUUAUAGGAGAGCUGCUUCCUUGUAAAAUGUCUAAAUGGCUCUGUGUUAGAUGUUUCAUGCUUGAAUCAUUCAUCAGUAUUAUUAUUGCAAGAACAUGCCUUUUACAAAUCCAGUCGCGAACAGAGAACAUCAAAUACCGACCACAGUGAUAUCUAUCUAAAUAAAUUGAUUCGUUUAAAUUCUGUUGUAAGGGUUAAGUAAGUACGUUAUAGCCCACUCUCGGAAGGAAUUGUGUGUUACAUCAGCCAAGUUGAAGCAACGUAUGAAACAUAGCAGUUAAAACGUGUUUUUUUUUGUUCUCCCGUGCAGGAACAAGUUGCAGACUGGCUGGCGUGUGAACAGGAUGGAAGUCCAACCUACUUGGAUGAUGAUAAACAGUUUUUUAUCAAAACUUACAAGACGCUUCAUAGCGAAAUCUGCUAUGGUGGGCUUGAGCGUUUAUCAGAAUAAUCGUUUGUGUCGACAAGACAGUAAUAGUAUGAUUUAAUACAAGGUGGCUGGAGACAUAGAGGUCUAAGUCACGCUUUAGAAUUAACGGUUCCCUUUUGAGAAGUGGAUUAGGUCAUGGUGUUGUACUGUUAGGCAAGACCAGCUUAAUUCUCACAUCUCCAUUCCGGGAUAGAAUUAAGGUGGAAGGAAUUUAAAUGUCAGCCGGUGAAUUACAAGCGAAAUAAGUUUUUAUUUAAAAAUGUCGCUCACUUCUGAUAGUCAAACCCACUUUUCAUAUUUGAUAUUUCAAGUCUGAAAGCAAACGAGACUGAGUUUUCACUUUAAGUUCUUUUCCAUAGGAUUUGUGCUCUACUUCAAAGAGGAACCAAUUCUUGGUUACUGCGUAGACUCUGGCUUCAGGGAGGACGUGUUCGAGUUCUUCUUCCAGGCCUCCACCGUGAUUGUUGAUGCGAGGGACAAGGGCACUGAGGAACACGCUUCGGUGGGUACUUAAUUUUCAGGUGUACAAAAUAAAGUUAUAAUUUUCUAAAUAGAAACCAUGAAACGGCAAAAAUUUAGUUAUAUAUACACUGGUCUGUUCUUAACUUAAAACUCUCUCCACCUGAAAACAUGGAUCUUGCACAGUUAAGUUGGAGAACCUUAAUACAAAGCCGUAUAACCGAUGUAAGCAGAAUCUGUAGAAAUCGUUCAAGGUAUGUCUUUAGAUUUAGUUGUUGCUUUUAUUUUAGGCCGCUCAGCGGCGCAACUGAUGCAAUUAAGGAGAUAAGAGAAUAAAUCACGUUCCCAUCAGUUGCCUUAUUGUGCUCGCGUAUGCUAGGUUUGUGCUUGUCAGACACUUUGAGGAGGGACCAACUUCAAGAGGUCUUUGAGCUUACUGUGAACAUAAAAAGCUUACCCACCGACUACCAUUAACCAAUCCUCUCUUGUUUUAGUUUGCAGAAGUUGUUGAAUACGUUCAGAGAAUUCAGGUAAGCGACUCUUAGCUUUUUAACAUUUUUUUGUUUUGUUCUGUUUCUAAGUUACGUAAGCUUUUACAGUUUACAUAACGAUAGUAUAUUUACCAAUGCGUCUUAGAGUCAACGAAGAUAUUUUUUUCAUAUUUGCCUCACUCUUCUUCAAAACAUUUAAAAUAAAACCUUACCUUGAUUUGAACCGAUUAAACUUCAAAGAUAGUCGUGAUACUGGGUACAAGGAUGAGACGAAUCUUAUCCUGAGGCGUGGUGGUGAAGACGUGUUGCAGUAUCAUAUUUGCGAGUCUUGUCCAGAACAACUCGUGAUAUAUUGUGCCGUGUCGAGUGAUACUUUGACUCCACGAUUGAGAGAAAAUGUAAAAUUACCUUCAGUUUGAAAUAAAGUCUCAUUUUUGCUCAGUGGCUCUGAACACUUUGAACCAUGACUCUAUCUUUAUGAAUUCUUUAAAAGUGUGAAAACCAGAAUAAAUUCGCUACAUAUGCGAAAGGUUUCCUGAGGCACAACCCGGUACUGCUUUGUCAACUAAAUUGUACGCAAUUCCCGUCGAUUUCUGAGAUGUAAAACUAGUCGAUCAUUUUCCUUUAAUUUGUGUUAGCCUCUGAGUUGGACGGUCCAAAUGGACGAUUCCAGCGGUGGUGCUGGAAGAAACUAGGUUAUGUCUAUGUCCAAUUUUCACUUUCUCGACAAAAUCCUAAGUUAAGUACCGCUAAAAGGUUUGGAAUGUUGGGUGACAACUGAAAACCGAGAGAGGCAUUAUCUCUUAUCGAUACUAACUACCAACACAUCCACAUUAGCUACCUUCAAGUAGAAAGUUUGUAGUUAGGCUGUGACUGUGUUGACCAUUCCCCGACUCUAAACAUUAUCUUCUAUUUUUUGCAGCCUUCAGACACCAAGGUGUACAUAACUGGAUACGGUGUCGACGCAGAGUACCCGGAGGAAGGACUGACAGGAGUAGAACAACUGCGAGCGGAUCAAUACAUCACACUCUGGGAUGAAGAAACCAGUGGCCGUUAGUUCUAAAAACCAAAUCAAGUUCCUCUGAGGAUGAAUAACAAGAUGCUCCCAUUUUAAAUGAAAUUUAAUAGAUACAUAGGUGUGUAAAAAAAAAAAAAAAAAAAUUUCAUGCUCUUUAACAAUAGGAAGACUGUAUUUAUUUUAGUGAAGUUCUUUAAUUUUUUCGUUAUGAUUAGAGAUAUAUUUGUAUAUUUAUUUUAGGUCGGUUUUGGAUGUUAGAAAUUUAAAGCCAAAUCACAAUCGUUAACUUUGAGAAAACCACAAGAUAUGAAAAGGAAGACCAAAGAAUAAAGAAAGAACGAGAGUGGAUUUUAUUGGAGAUCAGUGGAUGAGGAUAAUAAACGAAGAACUUUUAAAAUGGUUUGAGAAUAGUAAAACGAAUUGAUUCAACGUUUCGUAGUCAUCCUGAUGUCACCUUCGAGAUAGCAAACGGAAAGAAACUAAUUGAAAAUUUAAAGUUAGUGUUCAGCCAAUAAAAUGUAACACUUUAAAUGUAAAAUCCACCGCUCGCUGAUCAUGGUAAUCAAUGUAAAUGUUAAACCCUCUGCUGCUGACAGAAGGUUAUGUGCUGUUUUCGUUGACCCCUGUUUGUGGACUAAAUAUCACCGCUAAUUUCCAUUCAGCCAAGCUUGCCUUUCGAUUCGUGGAUUAAAAAAUCGAUAGAAUCUUCAAAGUCACAUACUGCUGGAAAAUCGCUAAUGUUGAACUGAAAAAGAAAACCGACGCUGAGUUGAGCUGAAAGUUAGGGUAAAAUAGUUUGUUGAUCGAGGCUUUGGUAGGAAUAUUGAAGGCAAGCGAGAGGGCGUUUGGUUGUUACCGGAUGCCGCUGGCACAUUAUUAAUUG